AGCUUGAGACCCAAGAUGAAGGCAGAGAAGGAGGCUCCUUCAAAAGCUAAAAUAAUUUCUCUGAUUUUAUUGCUCAUGUGUCUCGUUUCCUUCAAUUCAGGUGGAGUGCUGGCAGUGAAUAUGACUAUCCCCAGCACUCUCAUUAGAGGUGCAGUAGGGGGGGAGGCCCUGCUGUCCGUCCGCUACACCAGCUUCAGCCUUGACCUGCCGGUCAUCAAGUGGCAGCUCAAGAGGGAAAAGUCCGUCACUGUUGUCCAGUCGAUUGGAACCGACAUCAUUGGGACUCUGAGGCCUGAGUAUCGCGAUCGCAUCCUGGUAUUUGAGAAUGGGACUCUGCUUCUCCACAACCUCAGACUCUCUGAUGAUGGAACCUACGACGUGGAAAUCUCCAUCACAGAUGAUACCUUUACAGGAGAGGGCAGCAUCACGCUCACUGUGGAUGAGUCUAUAUCCAGGCCUUAUAUUGACAUGGAGUCGGCAUCAGUAUUGGAGCUCAGCCAAAACGUCGUUCUCAAUUGCUCCCAUGACAAUGGAACUAGGACUACAUACAGGUGGUUCAAAGGUGGAAAACCACUGACCAAUGUGACGAGGUUCGUGUUGUCAUCUGACCAGAAGCUCUUGACCAUAACACGGGUGUUGAUGGCAGAUGACGACAUCUACAGCUGCACAGUGGAGAAUCCUGUGGGCAAUAUGACAAGCUUGCCUAUGAGACUGACUGUUUACAGAAGAAGUUCCCUCUAUAUCAUCCUCUCCACUGGGGGCAUCUUCCUCCUCAUCACUUUGGUAACAAUAUGUGCCUGCUGGACGCCUUCCAAAAAAAAAAAAAAACAUCCAGCCAGAAAGCCUCUCUCCAGGUUACAUGACCACUCUGACCACUCACCAAUCAAUCACACAGAUGGUGGGCUUCCAAAACGGACAGAGCACAAUGGAGUAAAUGCUGUAACUUCUCUUUACAUCCUGCAACAAAAGGAUCCCUCCAUGGAUGACUCGUCCAGCAACAGUAUUGGAUCUCCUUCCGAGCUGGAGAACCCGCCAUGCUACAACAGCUGCCCUGACUACAACGGUUUUCUCCCCCAUUCUAAUGGCUCCCCUGCCCACUCCUCCCAUAGGUAUACCUGA